GCAUCAUGCUAGCUGUCACGCUCCUGAGCCUGGCCCUGCUAGGAAAUGCCUGUGCUUGCUCCACCAGCACCUCGUAUGAGGCGAGCAUUGUGUGCCGCAUCACCAAGUCUGCCCUUCUGGUGUUGAACCAGGAGACAGCCAAGGUCCUCCAGACAGCCUUCCAGAGGGCCUCCUACCCAGACAUCAAGGGGGAGAGGUCCAUGAUGCUCCUUGGCCGAGUCACGUAUGGUCUGCACAACAUCCAGAUCAGCCACCUGGCCAUUGCCAGCAGCCAGGUUGAGCUGGUGGAGGCCAGAUCUGUCGACAUCUUCAUUCAGAAUGCCUCCGCGACCUUCAAGGGGACCCUGAACUACGGCUACAAGGGCGCCUGGGGGUUGAACAUUGAGCAGUCCAUCGACUUUGAGAUUGAGUCGGCCAUCGACCUCCAGAUCAACACGCAGCUGACCUGUGAUUCUGGCAGUGUGAGGACUAAUGCCCCCGACUGCUCCAUCUCCUUCCAUAAGCUGCUCCUGCACCUCCAAGAUGAGCGUGAGCCUGGGUGGAUCAAGCAGCUGUUCACAAAUAUCAUCUCCUUCACCCUGAAGCUGAUCCUGAAGGCACAGGUCUGCAAGGAAAUCAACGUCAUCUCCAACAUCAUGGCUGACUUUGUCCAGACCAGGGCUGCCAACAUCCUCUCAGAUGGAGACAUUGGGGUGGACAUUUCCUUAACGAGAUCACCCGUCAUCACGGCCACCUACCUUGAGUCCCAUCAUAAGGGCCAUUUCAUCUACAAGAACAUCUCCGAGGUGCGCCCCCUCCCUUCCUUCUCACCCACGCUGCUGGGGAACACCCGAAUGCUCUACUUCUGGUUCUCUGAGCAAGUCCUUGACUCCCUAGCCAAGGUCGCCUUCCAGGAUGGUCGCCUCCAACUCAACCUGUCAGAGGCAGAGCUCAGGGCAGUGCUAGAGACUUGGCACUUCAACCCUAAGCGGGAAAUUGUUCCGGAGCUGUUCAGUGGCUCCCUCACUAGCCCCGGCCGAGUCACCGUCCACUGCCCGAGGAGGCCCACAAUCUCCUGCCAGAACAAAGGUGUCGUGGUCAGUUCUCCUGUAGUGAUGGAAUUUAUCUUCCCACACAAAGAUGGGCAAGACUCCGUAGCUCACACUUUCGAAGAGGAUAUUGUUGCUACCGUUCAGGCCUCCUACUCCAAGAAAAAGCUCUCCUUAAGCCUUGUGGAUUUUCAGAUUAAACCAAAGACUUCCUCCAACAUGGCUGAGAGCUCCAAGUCCAUCCAGAGCUUCCUGCAGUUGGUGGUCUCUACAGUAGGCGUCCCCGAGGUCAUGUCUCGGCUGGAGGUGGCCUUGACAACCCUCAUAAACAGCAAAGGCCUGGACCUUUUCGACAUCAUCAACCCUGAGAUCAUCACUCAUGAUGGCUUCCUGCUGCUGCAGAUGGACUUUGGCUUCCCAGAGCACCUGCUGGUGGACUUCCUGCAGAGCCUGAGCUAGGAGGCGUGGCGGGGCUGGGAUCAGAAGCGUGUGCCCAGCUUACAAUGGGACCAGAACAUCCGAAUGCUGGCAUCUCUCGUGUGUGGCUCAGAGAGGGCAAGGAGAUGGGGACUGGAUCCCUGCUUCCCCAGUUAUUAGGGCUGCUGCCAUUAAAUGC